GGGGCCAGGGGCCACGGGGGAAUGCCGGCUUCUUGGAGCUGUGUGGGACUGUGCGUCCCGGCUGCUUCCCAGAGCCGGCGUGCACCAACGCCUCCCUCCCGCCGCUGAUGGGGCACCCCCGGCCCCUGGUCGGGCUGCGCUGCCCGGGAACCCUGCCCCAAGGACGCUGCCUGCUGCAGCAGCUCCUGGCGCUCCUGCCUUUGUCCCCCAGGCUGGAUGCUGCGGAUCUCUGCCCAGACCCUGCUGCUUACCUGCUGGGACUGGCCUCACAGCUCCUGCAGUGCCAGGAGGAGGCUCUGGGCUGGGCCCCCCAUGUGAACUACCUCCUGCGCCUGCUUGACCGUAGUCUGGCCCUCUCCGGACGUGAGGAGGCUGGGCAGGCAGCCGGGGAGCAGCUCAGCGAGGCCAUCCUCCUCUCUAGCCUCCUGGACAACACCUCCUUCUGGGCCUUGCUCAGGGCAAACGCAUCUGCAGGCAUCCUGCGAGCUGUGGGCCGGUACCUGGGAUGGGAGCCCAGGGCCUCGGCCAAGUGGGAGCUGCUGAGCUGCUUUAGCGCUGUGCUCUGGGACCUGCUCCAGGACAGCAAGGGUGCUCUCGCCAUGGAGAUCCUGGUGCAGGAGUACCUGCAGAUGCCAGAGGAGAGCUUCGAGGGGAUGCUGCUGGCAGCAGGGACCGAGGCUGUCCAGCGCUUCCUGACCCUGCUGCACCACGCUGGGCUCCGGCUGCGCGGGGAGGUGCUGUCACCUGUGUCUGGGGAGGAGGCUCUGCAGUCCCUGGCCAUGCUGCUGCUCCGCAGAUUGCCCCAUCUCACACCCGAGCUGUUUGUCAGCCUGUCGCAGUUCAUCCCUUUCAUGGCCGUGUCUGAUAUCGCGAGGCUCCCACCGGCCCUCCUGGCCAACGAGAGUGUCCUCGCCGCCCUGCGGACUCACAGCGCCCGCCUGGUGCCGGGGCAGAAGGCCGCCUUUGCCAGGCGCCUGCUGCAGGCCCCCUCCCUUGGGGCUGUGCCCACGUGGCCCCUGGGCUUCCUCCGCACCGUCCUGCCGCUGCUGCCCCACUUGCCGCUGCCCUGCUUCCUGCAGCUCACGCCCCAGCAGGUCUGGGGGCUGGGGGACGCCUGGCAGCUGCUCCACCUGGGGCUGGUGCAGGGCCGCCACGUUGCCAGCAGCCUGGCCAACUGGAGCCGUGCAGCUGGCCCCGAGCCAGGGCACAGGCUGGGGGCCCUCGCCUGCUUCCUGAGCCCUGAGGAGCUGCAGGACCUGGCGUGGCUGCGGGACCCCCGGGGUGCGGUGGAGCAGAGCCUGCUGGCAUGUGCCGCCGCAGGGACCCUGCGGCAGCAUGGGCGGGUCAUGCUUGCCCUGGCAGGGUUGCUGCGCUCCACCAGCCUGGCCACAGUGAGCCCCGGGGAGCUGCUGGCAUGGAGGGGCGUCCUCCCCGAGAUGGGAGUGGGCUUCCUGGAGUGCCUGUCAGUGGCCCAGCUGAAGGCCCUCCUGCCCCGGCUGCGGCCAACGCAGCUGACGCGUGCCCAGGCAUCCUUCCUGCUCACAUGGGCUGUCUGGAGGGACAACGUGUCGGUGGGGGAAGCGGCCAGGCUGUGUCCACUGCUGCCGGGCCUGGGGCCCGCAUCGCUGGCAGCCGUCCUGGCCCCUCUCCAGGCCCAGGGCUGCGCGUGCCUGGGUCCGGCCCUGCCGCUGCUGUCUGCAGCUCAGACGGCGUCCCUGCUGCAGGCUCUGCAGCGCCCGGAUGGCUGGCCCCGCUGCCUGCUGCCCCUGCUGCCCCUGCAGCUCCUGCGUCCCAGUGCCCAGGCUCUGUGGGGGGCUCUGUGGGACCGGAACCUGCCCUGGUCCCCGCAGCAGGCCCAGCUCCUCUGGAGGGAGGUGGGAGCCGGAACUAACCGCAGCCACCAUACUGCUGGUGCCCUGGGCUCGCUGGUGGUAGGCAUGAGCUGCACCGCACUGCAGGAGCUGGGCCGGGAGGAUUUCCUGGGGGCUCUCCGGACCCUCUACACGCAGCCUCGUUCCCUCCCUGCCAGCCUGAGACGCUGUGUGCAGGAGGAGGUGUUGAGGCGUCCUGUGCUAUCCAGGGAGGAGCUGGUGUGGCUGGGACCUCGGUUCCUCAUGGAGUUACCGGCGAAGCUGGUGGAGAUGCUGCCUGAUGCUGUGAUGAGGCUGGUUCUGGACCACGCAACCCGUCAGCCACGCAGCCUGCUAGCCCUGCCUGCCACCCGCCGGGCAGCGCUGGCCCGUGGGGCCCUGCGCUCACUCCGGCUCCCGGCAGGGACGGAGCUGGCUGGGGAGGUUCUGGACCAGCUGGGCCCGCUGGUGGGGUUCCUGGGCCAGGAGAGCGUGGCCCACAUCCAGCCUGAGAGCCUGCUGCCGCGGCUGGGGGACCUGCAGGAUACCUGCCUGGAUGUGGAGGUGGCCGCCCAGCUGGGGCAGCUGCUGCUGUCGGAGCGGGCGCUGGGACCGCCCCCUAGCUGGAGCCUGCUGACCCUGCAGCAGCUGGGGCGCCUGAUCUUCCUGCUGCCCCUCGAGAGCCUGCACGCCAUCCCCGGGGACUUGCUGAGCAGAGACAUGGUGGAGCAGCUGCUGCAGAGCCAGUGGGACUGGGAGCAGAGCGAGCUGGGACGCCUCUGCCACCCCCCAGGCACCCUGAGUGAGGGCCCCAGCCCACUGGCAGUGCUGAUGGCCCCGCUCGUGGCAGCUGCCGGGCCCAGGGGCCAAGCCCCUGUGCCCAGCUGUGCUGACAUACGUGCCACCUUCCCGGCGGCCUGGAGCGCGGCCCAGCUGGCUGCCAUGGCCCCCCCCCAGCUGGAGGACUGCCUGGGGCUGCUGGGCCAGGACCCCAUGCUGCGCCCCAACCAGCUCCGGGCUGUCCUGGGCCAAGUCCAGCAGCUGUGGGGCAGUUCCCGGGCGCUGGAGCCCACCCAGACCCUGCUCCUGGGCCGGCUGGUCACCCAGCUGGUCGAGCCAGAGCUACAGGAGCUGCUGCUCCCCGACUGGGGGGCCUUGUCUGUGCUGGGGGAGCUGGACGGCUGGUCACCAGAGCAGAUGCGGGCUGUGGUUUCCACCUUCCUGCGGCAGUGUGAGGCAAGCGCCCGGGACCUGGGGCUGCCUGAGCUGGUGGCCCUGGGGCACCUGCUCUGCGGGCUGCCGGUAGCCGAGCUGUGGGGCCUGGACAGCUGGGAGCUGAGUAAAGCUGCCCCUUUCCUGGGCUCACUGAGCCUGCGCUGCACGGAGCAGCAGGCGGAGGUGCUGGCUGCCCACUUGACCUCCAGUGCUGCCUUCGGCCCGGCUGACAUCUGGGGACCUGAAAUCUUCGCAGAGGUUGGGACAUUGGCAGCUGGGCUCCCCGACAUUGUCCUCUCGGCCCUGGUCCCCGAGCAGCUCUGGGCGCUCACACCCCGGGCCAUCGCUGCUGUCCCGGCACCCAAAUUCGCAGUGGUGUUUGGCCCAGCUCAGCUGCGCACCCUCUCCAGUGCCCAGGCCGCGGCUGUCACCCUGGGGCAGCGCCAGUGGCUCGGCAGCGCCCAGCGCCGGGCCCUGGCCAGCGCCCAGUGUGAGGGAGAGGCUGCCCAGGACAGCCAAGGUGAGAGUGGCGGGGUGGCCUCUGUCCCCUGGCAACUCCUGGUCACCCCUUGUCCCUGCUCUGCACCUCGGGCUCAGCAUGGGCACCCCGGGAUGCCGGGAUGGCUCCAGUCAUGCGGGUUUGGCCCUGGUGCCGGCUGCGCUGCCCCAUGGGGAGGUUGGCCCCACUGCCUGCCCAGCUCAUGCUCCCUCUCGGGCUGUCUCCCACCCUGCCCCUGCCCAGGAGAGACCUCCCUGCUGCUGCCUCCAGCCCUGAACCCAGACAUGGAACAGUGGCUCUGGGAAUGUGCACAUGUGUGAGCACUGUGCGGGCUCCCGGCGGCAGCAGGGACAUGAGCCCCUCCACGGAGGGCUGGGGCUGCCACGCUCAGCUCUGACAGUGAUUUCUCUCCCGCAGGCAGGAGCAGAGCCAGACCCCAGUAUGGCUUCCCCUUGGCUCUGCUCCUCUGCCUGCCCCGCUGCUUUCUGUGAGCAUCCCAGUAAUAAAAUUGUG